AUGACAACGGUGGUGUUUGUCUUGUGCAUCUUUGUAGUGUUGAAUGCAAGUGCCUCUGAUGCCACUCGCUUAUUGCUGAACAAAACUGCAACAGGUAACGUGUCCAGAGAGAAGAUUGAGAGAUACUUACUUGAAAAUGGACUCGGCCAGACACCCCCCAUGGGAUGGAAUAGCUGGAACCACUUUGGCUGUGAUAUUAAUGAAAGUUUAAUUCGAGAAACAGCUGAUGCAUUGGUGUCAUCGGGCCUUGCUGCUUUGGGAUACAAAUACAUUAAUUUAGAUGAUUGUUGGGCCGAACUUAAUCGAGACCAUCAGGGAAAUAUGGUUCCCAAGGCUUCAACAUUUCCUUCAGGAAUUAAGGCUCUGGCUCAUUAUGUUCAUGGGAAAGGUUUGAAGUUGGGGAUAUAUUCAGAUGCAGGAAAUCAAACUUGCAGUAAACGUAUGCCUGGAUCACUAGGACACGAAGAACAAGAUGCAAAAACAUUUGCUUCUUGGGGAGUUGACUACUUGAAGUAUGAUAAUUGUGAAAAUAAUGGUAUAUUAGCCACAGAAAGGUAUCCACCAAUGAGUGAAGCUUUGUUAAAAACUGGAAGGCCAAUCUUCUUCUCUAUGUGUGAAUGGGGAUGGCAAGACCCAGCAACUUGGGCCAAAACUGUGGGAAAUAGUUGGAGAACAACAGGGGAUAUUGAAGAUAACUGGAAUAGUAUGACUUCCAUAGCAGAUGCAAAUGACAGAUGGGCAUCUUAUGCUGGACCGGGAGGAUGGAAUGAUCCUGAUAUGCUGGAAGUUGGAAAUGGAGGGAUGACCACAGAAGAAUAUCGUGCCCAUUUCAGCAUAUGGGCUUUAGCUAAGGCUCCUUUAUUGGUUGGUUGUGAUAUUCAAGCAAUGGAUAAUACCACAUAUGAACUGAUAAGCAACCGAGAAGUUGUUGCAGUAAAUCAAGACAAACUUGGAAUACAGGGAAAGAAGGUGAAAAACAAUAAUGGUUUGGAGGUGUGGACAGGUCCUCUUCGUGGUAACAAGGUAGCAGUGAUCUUAUGGAACAGAAGUUCAUCAAAUGCAACAGUGACUGCAUGUUGGUCUGACAUUGGCUUGGAACCAGGAACUAUAGUUGAUGCAAGAGAUUUAUGGGAGCACUCAACGCAAACAUCGGUUUCAGGAAAAAUAUCUGCUGAACUAGAUUCACAUGCUUGUAAGAUGUAUGUCCUGACUCCCAGAAGGUAUUAAUUUCGAGUGGCAGAGAAGAAGAUAAACACACAACUAUAUUGGCAAA